AUUUCAUAUAGAGCUACACUUCAGUCCAGGAGUUAACUGUUGUGUAGAUAAAAACUUGCCACCUGGACCCGGUUUCAGACCCAAGAGCAGAAAUGAACCUGGGAAAUGCCAUAUGUGCAUACCAAGGGCAGAUGUUACUCACUAUGUGCCAUUAUCACCAAAGGCAGAAGAGGAAAUGAGAAGAGCCAAAGCUGCUUUGUGCAUAGAUGAGGAAGUCGACCUGCAAAGCAUUCUUGAGGAAAUGGCUGAGAAAAAUAAGGAGAUGGAGAAGAGUGAAGAUGGGUCAAAGGAUAGGUUCAGUGAAAGUGUAGGAAGUGCCCAGGGUAGUCUUUCGCAGACACCCACUUCAUUUACGCCAACUUUAGGACCAAAAGUCGACCACCGGAAGGAAAUUUUUUUGACACCCGCAACUAGUAAUGAACUGGAGAAAUAUGAAGACUUUCCAAGUGGUUCCUUACAGCCAGAAGGAUUAGAUGUACCAGAUGAUGACAUGAGAUUAGGAAAUAAAUCUGAACCCAUACUUAUAACUAACAGGUCACAUUCUGACUGUGGGCUGGUACCUGUGGAGCUGCGCAGACCCUAUCCAAUCUUACG